UCGCCAAACAUGGUGGCGUCGUACCCGCCGCCCCCUUGGCUUCUUCCUGUCUGUCGGGCUAGUUCCGCUAGCUCCUGGGUUGCGAUGGCGGCAGCGAUGGCGGCUUCUCGCAGUCUCCGAGAUCUGCUAAUGCGGCGACUGGUGGUGCCCACCCCGCAGGGCCUCAGCCUUUGCCUUCGCCCCUUGAGCUCUGCUGUGCAAGAUGAGGCCUCCACAGCAGCCCCCAGAGAAGCACCAGGCCACAACUAUGAGUCCCUUCGGGUGACAGCUGCCCAGAAGCACAUCCUGCACGUGCAGCUGAACCGGCCUGAGAAGAGGAAUGCCAUGAACAAGGCCUUCUGGAGAGAGAUGGUGGAGUGCUUCAACAAGAUAGCACAAGACCCUGACUGUCGGGCUGUGGUGAUCUCUGGUGCAGGAAAAGUAUUCACUGCAGGUAUCGACCUUAUGGACAUGGCUUCAGAAAUCCUUCAGCCCCAAGGAGAUGAUGUGGCCCGCAUCAGCUGGAACCUCCGUAACCUCAUCACCAGAUACCAAGAGACCUUCAGUGUCAUCGAGAAGUGUCCAAAGCCAGUGAUCGCCGCCAUCCAUGGGGCCUGCAUCGGUGCGGGUGUGGACCUCAUCACUGCCUGUGACAUCCGCUACUGUGCCCAGGAUGCUUUCUUCCAGGUGAAGGAAGUGGACAUAGGUCUGGCAGCAGAUGUGGGAACGCUGCAGCGACUACCCAAAAUCAUCGGAAACCAGAGUCUGGUCAACGAGCUGGCCUUCACUUGCCGCACCAUGAUGGCUGAUGAGGCCCUGGGCAGUGGGCUGGUCAGCCGACUGUUCCCAGACAAGGAGGGCAUGCUUGAUGCGGUCUUCACCCUGGCGGCCGAGAUUUCCACCAAGAGCCCCGUGGCAGUGCAGAGCACCAAGAUCAACCUCAUCUACUCGCGCAACCAUCCUGUGACCGAGGGCCUCAACUACACGGCGACCUGGAACAUGAGCAUGCUGCAAACCCAGGACAUUAUUAAGUCGGUCCAGGCUGCCAUGGAGAAGAAGGAACUGAAGAGCGUCACCUUCUCCAAGCUCUGAGAGCCGCUGCGGCCCGGGGCCUGGCCUGGGGCCUGGACUUAUCUUACCUCCCGCCCAUUUCCUCAUGGGCAGAGAAGGAGGAUUAGUGAAGAUGGUUGCCCGUGCCUUCUCCCUUGUUCUCCCUGUUUCUGACAUUCUGACACUGAUCCUUAUGCCCAGGGACUGACUUAUCAUCACCCGAACAAUAAAGCAACUUAAUGAA